AUGAAUUUCAUAAGAGGAACUGUGAUGGCGAUCGUACUGCUGCUUCAACCGAUUGUCCUUCUAUUCAAGCUGCUGUUUGGAAGGAGAGCUCAAGAUGCUCCUCAACAACUACAGGCUAUCGACCACUCUGCCAUUGUUCCUGCUACAGUAGUGGCCGACUCAGAAGAUCGAAUAAAAAACGGUAACAACAUUUCUCAACAAUCAGAUGAUACUGGUUCCGCUUCUCCUUCCGGGCCUCCAGCUGGUUCUAAUUCCGGAGACGACGAUUCUAUUUUGUUUCCUCUCCCGUUCGCGGAGUACGAGGUGUUUCUGAGCUUCAGAGGUCCAGACACUCGUCACCAAUUCACCGACAUCCUUUAUCGCUUCCUCGUGCGAUUAAAAGUUCGUACAUUUCGGGACGAUGACGAGCUACGAAAGGGAGAAGGAAUAUGGCCCAGCCUUGUCAAAGCUAUCGGACAGUCCAAGAUCCAUGUUCCUGUAAUGUCGGAGACUUAUGCUCACAGCAAAUGGUGUCUUAUGGAGCUUUCCGAAAUUGCUAAACGCCGAAAGCAAGAGAAAGGGCACAUCGUACUCCCCAUUUUCUAUAUGACGAACCCUAGAGAUGUACGGCAUCAAACCGGGCCUUACCAGAGCGCAUUUCAGCAACACGACAGGGACUUUGAUUCAGGAACUGUACAGGAGUGGAGAGAUGCUUUGAAUGAGAUUGGAGCUCUAAAAGGAUGGCACGUCAAGAGCAAAGAUGAGCAGGGAGCAGUAUCAGAGUGUGUCUCUGAUGUUGUAUGGUCCUAUCUAAGCAAAAAUGACAAUUUUUCGGAUACAGAUGAGUUGGUUGGAAUUGAUGAUAGCGUUGAAGCAGUUGUAGAAAAAUUGAGCUUAGACAUUGGAGGUGUGGCCAUGGUUGGUCUUCAUGGACUUGGUGGUAUUGGUAAGACCACUAUUGCCAGAGUAGUAUACAACAAGAUUUCUGCUCGCUUUGACCGACGUAGUUUUUUGGAAAAUAUACGGGAAACGCAACAACAGAAGGAUGGUGGCAUCAGUUUGCAAAAGAAGUUAAUCUCUAACAUUAUGAGAAUAGAUUAUGUUGCACCUAUUAACAGUGUUGAUGAAGGAAGGAGAAUAAUACAAGAUAGAGUUUCCCGGUUCAAAGUUCUUAUCAUUCUUGAUGAUGUGGAUGAGUGUUUUAAGUUUGAAGAGAUUUUGGGAAACUCUGGUAAUUUCGCUUGUGGAAGUAGGUUUAUAAUCACAUCCAGGAACAUGAAACUCUUGAGUACCUUCAAUGAAAGCCGAUGCAAGUUGUACGAAGUUCGUGAAAUGGGUCCUCAACUUUCUCUUCAACUCUUCUGCAAGUACGCGUUCAAAACCAAUUCUCCUCCUCAAGAUUUCACAACUUUGUCGGAAAAAAUUGUCAUGACCGCAGCAGGACUUCCAUUAACACUUAAAGUUGUAGGAUCUCUUUUGUUUCGAGAAGAAAAGUCAAUUUGGGAGGAUAAAUUGUCAAUGCUGGAAAAAGCUCCCCAAAAAGAGGUCAAAGAGAGGCUAAAAAUAAGCUAUGAUGCAUUGGAAUACGAGACCAAACAAAUAUUUUUGGAUGUCGCUUGUUUCUUUAUUGGCAUGGAAAUGAAAAUAGCUUAUUACUAUUGGAGGGAUUGCAAAUUCCAUCCAGUGAAUAGUAUUAAUAUCCUACGUCAGAGGUCCAUGCUGAAAAUUGGGGAUGACGAUGAAUUUCAAAUGCAUGACCAAAUGAGAGAUAUGGGGAGAGCGAUUGUGUGCGAGGAAAAUAUAGAAGAACCCUGGAUGAGGAGUAGGGUAUGGGAUGAUAAGGAAGGUACAGAGCUAUUACUCAACAAAAAGGGAUCGAAGCAGGUUAAGGCGUUGAGAGCAGAUUACCAUCGCUCUUUUUUGGGAGGGAUGAAACCCGGGCAGUUUCUGAAUUUACCGGAGUUGAGAUAUUUUGAAGGAGAUUUUGCUGAGUUCAGUGGAGACUUCAACAACCUUGUUCCAAAUUUAAAAUGGCUGCGCUUGCAUUUCCACUACAAUGAUGGCCAAGAGCCGACCAACUUUGACAUGAGUAAUCUAGUGAUUCUUGAUCUCAAAGGAUCCAUUUUCUUAACAGAUGAUUGGGGAGGUUGGAGCCAAAUAAAGAUGGCAAAGAAGCUAAAAGUUCUGGAUCUUUCCCAUUGUACUUCCCUAAUCAAACUUCCCGAUUUUCCUAAAUCAGGGAGUCUAGAAAUGCUAAAUCUUCCGGCCGAGAUAACAAGCUUCUCUUCACUUUCAAGCAUGGAGCUGGAUAUCGAGAAUUUGUGGAACCUAAAAGUGCUAAAUCUGAAGGAGUGUGCACUAAUAAGGGUAACUGGCGGAACCAUUGGAAUGCUGAAGUGCCUUGAAGAGCUUGAUCUCACCAACCUACAGUGUAAUAAUUGGAAGCAACUGGUUAUUGAUAUUGGCGAAUUGCCAUCUCUUAAGGUAUUGAAAACUAUUGGGGUAAAGCAUAUUCCCUCGUACUUCGAGUCGAAUACCGAUGAUGAAGAAGAUGACGAUGAUGAAGUGGAGAGUGAAGGAGAAGGAAUCGAAAAACUCCCCCCAAGUUUGAAGGUGCUACACACUUCAUUCCGGGUUGCUAAUCUCUCGGAGCUAUUGGAGCUGGAGGAGUUAGUCGUCGAAAAUUGUGAUUUCGGACUCGAGAUCCCUCCCGUAGGAGAUGACACAAAUGCUAAUAGUACCGCUCAUAUGUGGUGGAAGGUAUCCAAACUGAAGUCUUUGACGCUCCAUAAAACAAAGUUCAUCGUCGUCGCAGGAGCUGCUCCAUCUUUCGAUCAGCUGCGACUUCCGUCGUCUCUAACCACACUCAACAUCUCCAACUGCCCCUACUUGGAGUGGAUCCCAACCCUCGAGAACCUAAACAAUUUGACUGAGUUGACCAUCACCAAAUGCUCCAAGGUGCUAGAGGUCCGAGGCAUCCAAGGCCUGACUUCGUUGCAAUCUCUCAUGAUCGAUGACCGAGACGACUUAACUCACCUUCAUGGCCUUGCCGAUCUAAUGCGUCUCAAAACAUUCGAGAUAAAGGAGUCCGCUCCCCUGUCAAGAGAAGCCCUACUCCUAAACGAUGAUAGUGAUGAUGUGUUUACACCUAAAAUUAUCUUGUACCACAUUGAUGAGUUACAAGGUAAUUAA